UUAAACCCUCCCAACUCCCAAGUCUCUUCUCUUUCUUCUAUCCACAUACUCUGCUACCCGCCAUGUCCCUCCUCCGCAGGACCUUCCCUCUCCUACCCCUCCGCUCCAAACCCCUGAACCCUCUCCUAUCCCACGCCUUCCUUAUUCUCAAACCCUCCUUCCCUAAACCACUUCCCAAACACACCUCCGUUUUCUCUUCUUCGUCUUCUUCUUCCACCUCCACCUCCUCUUCCACCACACCCAUUUCCAAUCCCAAGACCCCAAUUGCCCAGACCCCUCUCCAAUGGGUCACCCGAACCGGCUUCUGUGGCGAGCUAUCCACCGCCGAUGUGGGCAAACGGGUCACGCUUUGCGGGUGGGUCGCCCUCCACCGGGUCCACGGCGGCCUCACCUUCCUCAACCUCCGGGACCACACCGGCUCUGUUCAGGUCACCACUCUUCCCGAUACGUUUCCCAAUGCUCAUUCCGCCAUUAACAACUUGAGGCUCGAGUACGUCGUUGCCGUCGAAGGCGUUGUCCGGUCUAGACCGGCGAUUGGUGAAGACGACGACUUGUUCGGAGGCACGGCCAUGAUGGGUUUGCUCUGUAAAGAAAUAACUAAGGAGAUAAUUGAAAAUCAAAUACCAGUUGAGCAAAGAAUGACCCCUCUCCAAUGGGUCACCCGAACCGGCUUCUGUGGCGAGCUAUCCACCGCCGAUGUGGGCAAACGGGUCACGCUUUGCGGGUGGGUCGCCCUCCACCGGGUCCACGGCGGCCUCACCUUCCUCAACCUCCGGGACCACACCGGCUCUGUUCAGGUCACCACUCUUCCCGAUACGUUUCCCAAUGCUCAUUCCGCCAUUAACAACUUGAGGCUCGAGUACGUCGUUGCCGUCGAAGGCGUUGUCCGUUUAUUUGAAAUUCUUGUUAAAUUGAGGUUUCCUUUAUUUGAAUUUCAGGUAUCUGAUAUAUUCUCAGAUUCCCCCUUCAGGGUUUUUGCCGAUACUUUGCAAAGUGGGGGAGUUCUCAAAGUUUUAUGCGUACCUUCAGGUGCUAAAAGCUAUUCAAACACGGCUCUAAAGAAGGGUGAUCUUUACAAUGAAGCAAUCAAAUCUGGAGCGAAGGGUUUGCCUUUCCUCAAGGUCUUGAAUGAUGGGGGAAUUGAGGGAAUUCCUGCGUUGGUAUCUACUAUGGAUCCAACAAAUACCGAGCAGUUUCUGAGUCGUUGCUCUGCCAGACCAGGUGAUCUUAUCUUGUUUGCAGUGGGUCAUCAUUCAUCAGUUAAUAAAACUCUAGAUCGACUACGGGUCUAUCUGGCACACGAGCUUGAUUUGGUUGAUGAUUCCAGGCAUUCAAUUCUGUGGGUGACCGAUUUCCCAAUGUUUGAAUGGAAUGAUUCUGAGCAAAGGCUGGAGGCCUUGCACCACCCUUUCACUGCCCCAAAUCCUGAAGACAUAAAAGAUCUUUCUUCUGCUCGUGCUUUAGCUUAUGACAUGGUUUACAAUGGAGUUGAGAUUGGUGGGGGAAGUUUAAGAAUAUAUAAACGUGAGGUGCAGCAGAAAGUUUUGGAAAUUGUUGGUAUCUCCCCUGAAGAGGCUGAAGCGAAGUUUGGCUAUCUUCUUGAGGCUUUAGACAUGGGUGCCCCUCCACAUGGGGGGAUUGCUUAUGGUUUGGAUAGAUUGAUUAUGUUGUUGGCGGGUGCUAAUUCCAUUAGGGAUGUCAUAGCUUUCCCGAAAACGACAACUGCACAGUGCGCCCUCACGCGAACACCAUCUCAGGUGGAUCCGCAGCAGCUAAAGGAUCUAUCGUAUCAGACUCAUUAGUACAAUCUUCAAUCAGCUUAUCCACAUCAGAAGAUAUAGCUACCCAUAUUUCUGUUCCCUAAUUGUUAUUGCACUUGAUCAUUGAGCUUGUGUGGUCUGGACAAGUCAAUUUUUGAUUUCCCAGGGAACUAUAUAGUACUGUCUGUUUAAGAUAUUUAUGAUAAGUUUUCUUUUUUCUUAUUCAUAAACCCCACGAUACCCAAUCUUAUUAAUGACCCAGAACUGAACAACAGAUUUUUUGCA